CUUUUUCUUUUAUUUCAAUUAAACAUAUCAUGUCUCAACCUAUCAAAGUUGGUAUCAUUGGUACAGGUAUUUUCGCCUAUCGUCACUUGAGAGCUUAUCUCACCAAUGGGCAAGACAAAUUCCAAAUUGUGGCCUGUGCUAAUCGGUCUAGAGAAAAAGCUGAAAAAUUCGCCAAAGAGGCUGGUAUUCCCGAGUCUGCUAUCUAUACAGAUCCCAAAGAACUGAUUAAUGAUCCCAAUGUGGAACUAGUGGAUGCUCUGUUACCUGUACAAUUCAACAAAGAAAUAAUUGAUGCUGCUAUUGCUGCUGGUAAACAUAUUUUAUUUGAAAAGCCUAUCGCUGCUAAUUUGAAGGAUGCUAGAGAUAUUGUCUUGGCUGCCCGUCAAACCAAUACAGUGGUUGCUAUAGCUGAAAACUGGUCUUAUCAUCCAAAAGUCCAAGCUGUGGCAGAAUUUAUUCGAAAUGAUGGUAUUGGAAAGAUCAUUAAUUUUACUUAUGAUUCUGCUCGUCCUUAUAAUCCUAAUAGUCCUUAUCAUGGAACACAAUGGCGCCAAAAUCCUCAACAUCCAGGUGGAUAUCUCAGUGAUGGUUGCGUUCAUGAUAUGGCUCAUUUGAUACCAAUCUUGGGUCGAAUUGAUGCUGUUUCUGCCUUUACAACCAAAACUCACAAGAUUCAUGUUGUAGAAGAUACAUUAGCAACAAGUAUUCGAUUAGUCAAUGGUGGGGUUGGUGUGGCUAACUUUACUUUUUGUUCUGCUGGUAUCAAACGUAUGGUUCUUGAAGUUCAUGGUACAAAUGGAACUAUUCGUCUUAUCAAUGACAAUCAAGUGGAAUUGUUUGAUAUACAAGGUAAACCAUUGGAUGUGUUACAAUUCGAUCGACCCGAUGCUUUCGAGGAUGUGGAAGGUGAAUUGGAUAAUAUCUACAAGGCAAUUCGACAAGGUGCUUCACUAGGUGUUACUGUUGAAGAAGGAUAUCAUCAUUUGGCAUUUGUAGUGGCUGCUCUUGAUGCUGCUGAUAAUGAAAGAGUUGCAAAGGUGUCUAUCGUAGAAUAGAAUAGAAAAUUGUAUUACGUGUACGAAUAAAACAAUGUAUUUUAUUUACCAGAUGGUUUCGUGUUCUGAAUCUUCGUCUUCUUCAUUCCAUAUAUGCCAUUGUUCUUCAGAUGUUGAGUCGAGUGGUAUAUGGUCUUGCCAACGGGUAUUACCUCUAUUAUCACGAGUCCAACGACUAAGAGGAGUUUGACGGAGUAAGCUUCUUCCAACUAGUAUAAAAAUAAUAUUAAAGAUAAGAAAAAGAAAAUAUAACAUUUAUUUUACCACAAGUGCCACAACAAAAACACCAAAGUAAACCAGAAACAAAUAUCAUGGAAAUACUAAAAAUGAUAAGUCCUAGUUCUAUGUUACUGACUUUUGCCAUGUGUGGUAUAUUAAAGAUGUAAAGAAGAAAAAAAAAA